CUGAAACCUGAAUGCUGCAACACUGUGUGACAUUUUUACUAUAAAGUGGUUCCAGGUAAAGUCCCCUCCGGUGACCUGAGCCAUGGAUCCAAAAGCCCCUGCUCUAUUAGAAGAGGAACUAACCUGUCCCAUCUGCACAGACUUCUUCCACGAUCCGGUAGGCCUGGGAUGCCAGCACAACUUCUGCCGUUCUUGUCUGACGAAGGCAUGGGAACAGCAAAAGGAUUCAGACCUCUCCUGCCCUACAUGCCGGAGGAAGAGAUCCCGAGACUUGGUUCCCAAUAUGACCCUGAGGAAUAUUGUGGAGGCGUUCUUGCUGGAGAAGGCAACCAAGGAAGGCAGGGUAGGAGGACAGGUCUGCGCCAAACACCACAGGAAACUGCGGUAUUUCUGCAAGGAGAGAAGUCAGGUACUGUGUGGCGUGUGUGUGGAGAAGGGGCAGCAUGGCCUACACACGUACCAGACCAUCGUGGAGGCCACCGACCAGCUGAAGACUGAUCUAGUUUCAGUGAUGGAGGAACUGCAGACAAGGCUUGGCAGCCUGGAGGAGAUGAGAGGUGUGAGUGAACACGUUGCUCAGCACAUCAAGACCCAGGGCCACAACACAGAGGGCCAGAUCAGGAGAGAGUUUGCCCAGCUCCGCCAGUUUCUAAAGGAGGAGGAGGAGGCCCGGCUUGCUGCUGUGCGGCUGGAAGAACAGCAGAAGACCGUGCCCUUGAUGGAGAACCUCCAGCGCCUCUCCAGACAAAUCAGCUCCCUGAACCAGGAAAUGGAGAACGUCAGGAGUGUAACUGGGACAGAGGACAUCACUUUCCUCCAGAUGUACAAAGACCAAAAGGAAAGUGCUCUGCAGAGGCUAAAGGAGCCAGUGCCCAAGCAGAUAUCAGGAAGCCUGAUUGACGUAGCCCGGCAUCUCUUCAACCUCAAGCUCAGUGUCUGGGAGAAAAUGCAGAAGAUGGUUCAGUACACCCCCGUGUGCCUCGACGAGAAUACAGCUCACCCAGACCUGCUAAUCUCGGGCUCCUUGUCGGAGGUGAGAGACGGCCAGGCCUCCCAUCCUUUGCCAGACAACCCUGAGCGCUUCGACAGCACCCUGGGGGUCCUGGGCUCUCCCGGUUUCCUGACGGGCACCCACACCUGGCAGGUGGAGGUGGGCUGUCAAAGCUCCUGGGUCCUGGGCGUGGCGCGAGAAGGCGUAGCCAGAAAAGGCGUGGUGAACGUGAACCCAGAGGCCGGGCUGUGGGCAGUGGGGUUGUCUAAUGGCAAGGAUUACAGUGCCGGCACAGCCACAGUGGGUACCACACUCUCUCUGAAGCGACACCCAGAGAGGGUGGUCAUUACGCUGGACUGUGACAACCAUUGUCUGUCCUUCUAUGAUGCGGAGGGCAUGUCCCCUAUCCACACCUUCAAGGAUGUGGACAAAGAAGGCAUGCUUUACCCUUACUUCUCCCCCUGUUUGAAUACGGAUGGGGAGAAUCUGGGAAUGCUUAGGAUUUGCCCUGGAAUUGUGACUGUGUCAUGCACCUCAAACCCAAUUUAAGACGCAAAAACGGUCCAUACUGUACACUUGUCUGAUCAGGGAGGUAGGGGG